AGGGUGAAAUCUGUUGAGGAGGCACUUUUUGGCUCCCACCCGCCGCACUCGGCACUUUUCUAUGUGAUCUCUUCAGGAAGUCACCGUUGUCAUUGUGCUCAGCAGUCAGAGUUGGGGGGAGGAAGGUGAGGGUGGGAAAAACAGGGCCAUGUCCCUGUACCCUGACUUGUGCUCAAAGCUGGGGGAGCCCCUCCAGACUCUUCCUGGGGCAGGCAUGGGGCCAGCUUGUAGGAAAGACAGAUCCCUCAAGGACCUUCUGACCUCCAGCUCCAGUCUUCCCCAUCCUUUGAUCUUGAAGCCAAGCCUCGGGGUCUUACCUCUGAGAUACUGUUGGUGGCCUAGCCCGGGAUGCUGUGGGGAGGUCACUCUGGCUCCCCACCUCCCUACUUUUUGCCUGCAGCCUCUCCUCCUGGUGCAAGGCUGGGGGGGGGGGGGUCUCCACCCUAGUGGGAACAUGUGCCUCUACCUCACCAAUCCACACUUUAGCUCCCCUGAUAAGGGUAAGAAGCCUCUGCUCCCAGCCAGGCGUCUGAAGUGCUCUCCAGCAGAAGACUGCAGUCUGGCCUUCCAGCCACUUACCUCCCUUCAUCUAACAUGGAAAGGAGGGGAUAGAGCAUGGAGGGGGGUCCUUGCCCAAGGUUCUGGUGGGGGCUGGGCUGAGCUGGGAAUCCCAGAUGGGUUCUGGGACUUGGUGCACAAAAAUGUCCUUGGCAGGGCUUCAGGAAGCAGAAAGUGAGGUUGGGGUGCUGGAGGGACAACUGAGUGGGUGGGAAGUGGUUCUUUGGUCCAGCCCCCCAGUGCUUUUGUUUUUGUUUCCUGACCCUGUGGGCACUGACUCUGGGCAGGGGGCCAGAGAGCAGUCAGUGACCCAGAGGGGCUGAUUCCUGCCUGCCUCCAGCUGAGCAGGCCCCCGAGUGGCUAAUUGUGGGGGCCCUUGUGAAACAGCCUGGAUGGGGUGGGGCACGGGCGCAAGAUGCCGCAACCCAAAGCCACAGGACGGUUACUCCAUCAGCGGAGGGGGCGGACUGAACGCUGGAGGGGCCCAGGGCCAGGCUCCUCCCAACUGGACUGCCUGCCACCUCAAAGUUAGGGGAAGUCCCCAGCCCAUCCAGUAAACGGAGCCAGAGCUAGCUGGACAACCCACUCCCAGCUCUUCAAAGUUAGAAAUCUCUGGGAGAAUUAGGACUCACCAGCGUCCCUCUCUCUGCCUGAAUCCCUAGUGAGGACAGCCCCCUAAGCCUUCGAGGGACCAGGGGCUUUGUCCCAGGCCAGCUUAGGCGAGGCGGCUGUAGGAGAUAGUACCUGCUUGCUGUGCCCCCGGGUUAUGACGACCCCCAAUAAAGGAAACAAGGCCUUGAAGGUGAGCAAGCAAGGAUGGGGACUCUUGGGGCUGGGGUGGCAUGGGGAUGGGCACCCCUGCUCAGCCUGUGACCCUGUGCUGUGCUGCCCCCAGGUGAAGCGGGAGCCAGGUGAGAAUGGCACCAGCCUGACCGACGAGGAGCUGGUGACCAUGUCUGUGCGGGAGCUGAACCAGCACCUGCGGGGCCUGUCCAAAGAGGAGAUCAUCCAGCUGAAGCAGCGCCGGCGCACGCUCAAGAACCGCGGCUAUGCCGCCAGCUGCCGCGUGAAGCGGGUGACCCAGAAGGAGGAGCUGGAGAAGCAGAAGGCGGAGCUGCAGCAGGAGGUGGAGAAGCUGGCCUCUGAGAACGCCAGCAUGAAGCUGGAGCUCGACGCCCUGCGCUCCAAGUACGAGGCGCUGCAGAACUUCGCCAGGACCGUGGCCCGCAGCCCCGUGGCACCCGCUCGGGGCCCCCUUGCCGCCAGCCUGGGUCCACUCGUUCCCGGCAAGGUGGCUGCCACCAGCGUCAUCACAAUAGUAAAGUCCAAGACGGACGCCCGGUCGUAGGGAUGCGAGCAUUUGCCCAAGCGGGUCUUUGAGGGGCCACUCGGCACAUGGCGAAUUUGGCAGCCCUGUCCCUCUUCUUCCUCCUCUCCUCUCCCCUCUCCCUCCCUCUUCCCUUCCCUGCAAAGCACAACCUGCUCCCAGGGGCGCUGGGCUGAGCCCCUUUGAUCUCCUCGUUGUCGUCAUGUGUUUUGUACGUUGGGAUUGGUCAGUUCGGCGGUGAUGUGUGGUCGCCCCUAACCCCCUUUACACCGAGGCCACGCAGGCUUGGAGUCCAGGAUUGGCGCUGUGGGAGUGGACGAGAGAGAGCAAGAAAGUGUGCUGGGCCUCCUGUGUCUCUUGGCAGGGAGGCUUCUGUCUGCCGUGCUCUCCUGGGUAGGCUGCCGGGUUGGAAGGGAGCUAGAGGGUUCUACUCUCUUUAGACUGGGCAGGCAGCUCACUCAGCCCAGCAGGAAGAGAUGGGAUCUGCUCAGAAGAGUAGCAUGUCCUUGAGGGCCCUGGAUAGGUGGGCCGCCAGCCUGGGUGCUGCGGGCACGGGACCAGGCUGUGGCGCUUGAGUCUGACGCAUUGCACCGAACAAGACCAAAUCGCUGGUUGUGAGCUUACGUGAGGGUGUGUCCAGAGUGUCCUGCAGUGGGUCCCGUGUCACUGUUUACAUGACCUAUUUGUGUGGUUAUAUAGCCCUUUAUUUAAAAGAGAGAAGUUCCUUUUACGAAGUUAUUAAAUUAUAUGUUUAAAGGCUAAAGAAAAAAAAGCUACAGAAUAUUUAUAAGACUGUCUUUUAAAAGGAAAAGUCAAACAAGAACAACAUUUGACCAUAUAAGUGGAAAAGGGAAGAAAGUGAUAGAAACUUUGAUAGUUUAAAAAAAGAAAAAACACAAAAAAAUCCCUUUCUUGUAAACUUACAGACAACUCUUUGUGGGUGUUGGAGUUUAGUUUUUAUAUACACAGAGUUAUCAGACAUUAUUUAUAAAACUUAGUUUAAAAAAAGACAAAAAAAAAAGUCGAGCCACGAGCCAACUGGAAGGCCGUUCUCUUUGAUAUCUCUUGCAGCUGUACCGAAAGUGACUUACUCUGCCCUUCCUGCUUCCGUCUCUUGCCGGUGCCGUGUGUCGUCCGUGCCUGGUGAGGUUUUGUGCAGCCGUAAAGUGCUGGUGCUUCUGGUGACCUUUGACCUGUGGGUGUCACUUCUUGUGUUUGUUUUCCCGUGUUUGUUUUGGAUUUGGUUGUGUAUUGCUUCUGCUGGCUUGCCGGACCUGGGCUGUGUUGGGGUGCUAAGCAGUGCAGGCUCCGUGGAACUCAGGGGUCUGUGCCCACCGCCCCAGCCUCCUCUGGUCUCUGCGCCUGCCCUGGGUCCCCUAGCGGUUAGACGCGUGGUUCUGCCUCUCCCAACUCUUCUGAGCCUUGGUUAUGUAUGUGUGUCUAAGACUCUGGCUGAUCCAUUGGCAGGGUAGGUGAAACUGGGGGGCCAUCCAGGGGCCCCACACACUGCUUCUACACCCACCACCUCUGGCCCCAGGUGGAGGUGUUGCAGGGACCAAGGAGUCACUGUGGGUGUCCAAGGGGCUAUGGCCAGGCUGUCCUGGCUGUCCUCCUCCUGGCCUCCAGCCCACACACUUGGGCCCUGGCCUUGGCUUUAUAUGGGGCCGUAGCUGGCACCCCCAGUCCGACUGUGGGUUGCCAGUCCACCACCCACUUACCCCUGAACAUUUCCAUGCUGCGGAGUGGUGCUCCCCAGGCAGAAUGGUUAGAGCCCCCCUGGGGUGACCAUUUUUCCUUUAUCCUUGCCUCUCCCUGAGGGCCAGGGGCGGCGGUCUCCACCAGUGCCAGACAAGGGCUGUGAUCUCCAGGGCCAGGUCCUGUACCUCUGCUCCGCCAAUUUGUUUAGGCAGCUCUUGGCUUUGGCCCUUCUUCUGCCUCCAUUUGGGGUCUGUGUGUCUUCCAGGGGUCAGCUGCUCAGCUUUUGGUGGUGCCUGCCCCAGGAGCCAAGUCUGCCACCCUGUCCUAGCUACUCGGCAGAGGCUGCCGACCUUUCAGUCUUGGCUCCAGAAGCUCCUCAUAGGCAUGUGACAGGAGUGCUGGGGUGCCCACCCCCAAGAAGCUACAGCCUUGUCUCUGGCCACAUGGGUCUUGGCCUCUCACCAGGGUUACUAGUGUCUUCUCUGGGGGCCCUGGACGCCUGAAAAGCACAGAAUUGUGGGUUGGUGGAAAGAAAAAGAAAAACUGACCUGACAGGUUUAACCACAUGAGCAACAGGAUUCUCAUCUGAGUUGACUUGGUGUGCCCAUGAGGUGGGAACGGAGACUUGCUGUCAGUCCUUGUCUGGAUGGGCUUCUCUUGUCUCUAGGUGCUCAGAGAUAUUCCUGUGUGUCCCUGGGUCGGUCUAUAAAUGGAAAUUUUGACUGUUGACUAAGUCACUUAGCGACUUCAUCCUUUUCCUCACAGGCUGGUGUAGUCUAGAAUCCAGACGUGAGUCGCUGAUGUUGGUUGUACCAGCAGGGAGGUGGGAUCGUAUAUCACGCACCCCUUAAGAAAUGUCAUGGCCUGCUUUGAGGCAGGAGGGACAGGACUUCCAUGUCUUUGUAUGGCCCCCACUUUCUUCCUGGCUGGGGGGUAGUUGUCUGUCUCUGAGCCCUCCUGCCAGGCUGCAGAGGUAGAGAGCAGAGGGAGGAAGUGGGUGGGGAAGAGCAGGAGGGCUUGAGGAUGGGCACGUGCUGAACAGAAGUGGCAGGUCCUUGGUUCAGUCUAUGGAAGAAGCUUCCGGAGUUGGCGAGGCCAUGCUCCCUUUCACGAUUUUUGGGUUCAGAGCAGCUGUUCCUUCAGCCUGGGGGAACGCUCCAGUUCCCCGCCAAGCCAGCCCUGCAGGCCACUCCACUCCUUUUCCCCUUCACCUUUAUUUCUUGACAGUAGAGCUUGUGUCCACAUGUGGCUGUUUGCUGUCUUUCUGCUCUGUUAAUUUGGUUUUCCUGCCGUGAGGGUGUUGUGUUCUUCUCUCCUCAACUUUUCUGACACAGCGAAUCGAGAGCUUUGGCUACAGCCAGGUCUCCCAAACUUGUCCGCUAAGUAAACCAUAAUGUGCGUCUUACUCCCCUCCUUGAUUUUGCCCAACUACUCCCUUAUCCCAACACGGGCACUGAGAUUUCAGAGAAAAACCCAGCAGGUCAGCUCUUGCCCAAAGAGUAUGGCCCCAGGGAGACUCCCCCCUGUCCCUUGGCUGCUGCUGCAGUAUGGCACUGCUCCGUGGCUGCUCUGUGUCACGUGCUGGGGUUUCUGCCAGACACCAGCCCUCCCUGCAGGCUUCUGCACUUGGCCCAUGCUUCAGGUCUGUUUGUACACCUUGACCAUCAGCAGCAGCCUUUGUGGUCAGUGCUGAGCCACAGCUCUGGGUGGCUACAGCCUGCUCUGGGAUGAUGGUCAGGCGACAUCAUGUCCCUGCUGCCUCCCUCUUUGGAGUGGCUGCUUGGCCAAAGCUCCCAUCCACAACUGGGAAGGCUGAGCCACAGCCUGCUGCACCAUUUCCGCUCUGGGAUCUUGUGCGUUACUUUUUUGGGCUGUGGUUUGGUGAAGGGAACCAACACAUUAACGACUUUUUUCCCCAGAAGCCACUGAACAGUUCUUUCUGGUGUGUUUUCGCCUUCCUGCUGGCUGUCUGGUUUUAGAGCAGGUGGGGAAAGCGGAGGGCAUAAUCAGUGCCACACAGAAGCAAGGGUGUGCCCACGAGUCUGACAGCCUGUCCUGUUUCUGGCCUGUGUCUCCUGGGCGUGUGCUGUACCUGCUGGACCAGUCGCACACAUUUCCACCCCACCACUGCAGCAGCAGCUUUGAUACCAUGGGUGUCCCUCGAGUCUGAGCUGGAGUGUAAGAAAGUGGUCCUCGGUUAACUGUGAGACCUCCCUGUUCUCAGUGACCCUGGUUGGGCUUUGGCCCCUCCAGCAACCUGGUGUCCCAGCCUUGCUCCUCUUCCCAUCCCCUCCAUCUCUAGUCCCUGAAGCCUUUAACUGAACGGGAGUGGGUACAGAAUGCCUUCUCCUGGCAACUUAGGGCAACAGGACAAGGGCUGCCAGUGUGUCCAGCUCUGUUGCGCUCCGGGCACUGAGAGGUGGGUCCGAGCAGAAUUGAUCCGCUUCUGCCUGCCCUGCCUCGGGCUGGAGCCAAGGGAGGUGGGUGUGUGCUUGUCCCCUGGGAUCGGGUGGGGGCAGUGGGCGUUGUUAAAGAUCUGAGUGAGGGGGGCUGGGGUUCGGGCGCCCCGGCCCUGGGUAGGGUGUAGUCGGAAGCCUGGCCGCGGGCGGGGCAGCGGCCUUGGGGCCCCACCCCGCCCUGCGCAGUAUUUAUUGCUAAAUUAUUGUCCAGGAGGGGCGGCACUGGACCUGGCCCCCCGGGUAUUUAUUGCUGUACAUAGUGUAUGUUUGUGAUAUAUGAGGUUUUCUUUAUUUUGUAUAUGACCAAUAAACACCUUUUAAACAGA